CUUGACUCCAUGUAAACAAACCACCGAAAGAGAGGAAGCACAGCAAGACAGCCACCACCCUCACACCUUCCACACCACCUUCUUCUUGCGCCGCUUCUUCUUCUUCUUCUUCUUCGAGAGAGAGCUUCAUGUCGCCCACACGCAUCAUCAUCAUCAUCUGAGAUGGCAAGAGGAGAAGGAGAUGCGGCCAGCGGUGGAGCAGCCUCAUCGUCAAAGAAACAUGGCUCCAACAACACCAACACAGGUGCCAACACAGGUGCCAACACAGGUGCCAACACAGGUGCCAACACAGGUGCCAACACAGGUGCCGCCACAACCACCACCACCGGCAACAGCACCGGCAACAGCAGCACCACCGCCACCACAACCACAACCAAAGCAGGAGGUGGCGGCAAGAAGAAGCGAACGAGCAACGCCAAGGGAAAAGCCAAGGCAAAGGGCAAGGCGAAUAAGUUGACAGCCAACCUUGCCAACACCAACUACGACAUGGUCCGGCAAGUGUGCCGUGAACUGGGCUUCAAGAUCAAGACGUCCCCGACCACGAUGGACUGCAACCUGCUGUGGUUUGACUGCUGUCCACCGGGCGAGGUGUUCACCAAGCUGCUUCCUUAUCAGCGCAUGAACCACUUCCCAGGCACGGGCCAGAUCACGCGCAAGGACAACCUGGCACGAAACCUCAACCGCCUCCUGCGCGUGUGCAAUGGCAACGUGCUCGACAUCUUCCCGCGCUCCUGGGUCCUGCCGGCCGAUCUGCAGCACUUCCGCAAGUACGUCGACGACUGUAAGAAGGCAAAGGCAAAGAAGAAGCCCACCUUCAUCUACAAACCCAUCAACGGCGCUCGCGGCAUUGGCAUUGCAGUCACGCAGAACCCGUCACAGAUCCCCACGCAGGACUCCCUGCUCGUGCAGGAGUACCUCCCAAAGCCGUUCUUGGUGGACGGGUACAAGUUUGACCUGCGCCUGUAUGUGCUGCUGACAUCGUGCGACCCGCUGCGCGUGUAUCUCUUCAAGGACGGGCUCGUGCGCCUCUCCACCACCCCGUACAAGGCGCCCACGAAGAAGAACGUGGCCGACGUCACCAUGCACCUCACAAACUACUCGCUCAACAAGGGCGCAGAGAACUUCCAGCAGACCGACGACGACGACACGGGCAGCAAGCGCACAUACCAGUGGCUGCUCAAGCACCUUGCGGAUGAGCACGGUGUCGACACAGACCGGCUGCAGAAGCGCAUCGCAGACGUCAUCAUCAAGACGGUCAUUGUGGCGCUGCCGUUUGUGCGCCAGGGAUAUGCGGCGUGCCAGCUGCACCGCGGGCGCAACAGGGGCGGCCGCGCACCCCCGCGCCAGAGCAUGUGCUUCGAGGUGCUCGGGUUUGACGUGCUGCUCACAUCGAAGCUCAAGCCGUACAUUAUCGAGGUCAACCGCGCGCCAAGCUUCACGUGCGACUCGCAGCUCGACGCCCGCAUCAAACACGGCGUGCUGCAGUCCGCGCUGCGCAUGAUGCACAUUCGUCCGCAGGAGCGCAAGGCGUGGCAGGCAGAGGCAAAGGCAUCGGCACUCAGGCGCUUGCACAAGCAAACACCAUCAAGCACGUCCACCACCACCAGCGGCACCAGCGGCAGCAAGAACAGCAACAGCAACAACAACAGCAACAGCAACAAGAGCAUCAGCAACGGCAAUCGUGCUGGAAAUGCACGCGCCACAGCAUCUUCUUCGAAAGCGAAAGCAGCGCCAAACGGUGAUGGCGUUGCUGCAGCUGCGAUUGCGAGGGCAAACCGACUUCUGCACUGUGACGAUGGGAGCGGCGAAGUGAGCGAAGCAGAGCCACUACCGCGCCGCCGCGGCCACCACUGGUACUCGCACACGCACACACGCAUGCACGCAACGAAAUGCCGCGGAUCCGCGGCAGCGGCAGCGGCAGCGGCAGCAGCAACCGGCAGGGGAAGAGGAGGCGGUGGCAGUGAUGCUGACGCUGACAACGACGACACUGAUGAUGUUCACAAAGGGGAGGAAAAGCAGCGAGUAGGUGAUGGUCGAGACGACCACAAUAGCACCGCCGAAACCAAAGAUGAUCGUGAUGAUGAUGAUGAUGACGACGACGACGAUGAGGAUGAGGAUGAUAAUGAGAACGAGAAUGAUGAGGAUGAGGAUGAGGAGGAUGAUGACGACACCAAUGAUGAUAACUGUGAUGAUGAUGGCGUAAGCGUUGAUGGCGAUGGUGGCAGUAUGCAGGAUCGGGAGGCGCAGAAGCAGAUGGCGUACGAGGACGAGCACAGCGGUGACUACCAUCGCAUCUUCCCGCCAGAGAACGAAGGGCUGUUGCUGCAGUAUGAGGCCCUCAUGUCCAAGGCCCUUGGUGUGGUGCAGACGUCCGUGGGUACGCGCGUGCGCCAAUCGAACCAUCAGCUGCCCACGUCAUCGUCGUCAUCAUCAUCGUCAUUAUCCACACGACAGCGCUCCACGGGCACCACAGCCGGCGUUGGUGCCUCUGCGUCGUCAACAUCAGCGGCAAUGGUGUCUGCUUCAUCCUCUGCAAGGUCGCUACGCACACGUGCGCCCACGUUGCCUGCAGGCACCACCGCGUCUGAUGGCGGCAGCCUUGUGACGUCGCGAUCGGCUUCGUCGCUGGCGUCCUUGCGUCGUCACCCGCGUGUGCCCGCGCAGCGUGGUUUAUCGCUUGGCCGGGCAGAGGAGCAGCGCAAACGCGACCAGGGCCUGGUGCUCUUCCUGCACCACCUGCUGCUGAACGGCGCAGCCACCAUUGGCAUUGACGAGUUUGAUGAGGAGGUGGUGGAGCACGCGACUGACAUUGAGGAAACGUUUGUGCAGCACCGGGCGCGCAUUGCAAAGUACUGGCUGCGCACGCUGUCGCCUGCAGAUCGCCACCGCAUCCUGGUGUCGUGCCGGCAACGCGUCAUGAGCACGGCAGCGUCGCUCCUCGCCUCCACAGCACCGGCAUCGACAGCCAUGGACCGUGCCGGUAGUGGUGGUAGUGGCGGUGGUGGCGGUGGACACAGAAAGGGCCUUAGUCCGCGGGCGGCACGUGUGGUUGCGCGCGUGUUUGACCGGCUGUCGUUCAGCCACGGCCAAGGGCUGUGGAACUGCUUCACGCUGCCCAGCUCGUCCUGGCAGGCGAUUGAGCCGCUGAUGGCAAUUGUGAGUCCAACCGAGGAAGAGAAACACCUGUGCUCGCGGCUGGUGUUUCUGACCAAGCACUUGCUGCUGUGUUUGUAUGCGAAGCAUGACAUUAAUGAGGCUGCGCGUUGGUGUGAUUCCACACCUGUGGACGACGCAGCAGUGGACGCACAAGGCGCAGACGGGCCACAGCACCACCACCACAACCAACACCACCACAACCAACACCAACAACAAGAACACCACCAACAGCAGCAGCAGCAGCGACAGCAACAACAACAACAUGUGCCUGCAGUUGGCUCGCCCGUUCCUUGCCGCUAUCGCUCCAUGACGACGACGACGACGACGACAAGCACGCCAGCAGCAAAGGAAGCACCCGCCACUGGCGUCUCUGCAGCGCGUGGGCUGACACGGCGCAUGAUGGCGCUGCCGUAUCAGCACCACCAGGAGAACGCUCGCCACACCCCGCGCAACCACCAUCAGCAGCAGCAGCAGCAGCGACCACAGGCGCCCCCGCUUGCGUCGCCUUUGCUUCGUCGUGCGGCGUCCACCUGUGUCGCCGUCUGGAGCCUUUCCUUUUUUUUUUUUCUUUGGUGCUUUUGA